ACCAGCUGCAAUUGUCGGCCCCCUGCAAGCAGCACACCCAGCAUGGCCGCCAACACCAGAACAGGCCUGCGUGCCUUCCGUUCAUUGACUUCGACAGUCUGCGCAUCGUGUCGGCGGCCCUUCUCCCAGACAGCGCGCGCCCUUGCCGGCCCUCGAGAUGCAGACAGGCCGGAGCAGACGAUGGACUCGCUCUUGUCCAACGUCGAGGGCAACUUCCUGCGCGCCGACCCCAACUACUACCAGAACCUGAUCCCCGGCCAGGACAUUAAAAUGGACAAUCUCGCCAUCAAGGACUGGGAAGAGGACGACAGGCACAAGCUCAACAUCUACGCAACCAAGCACAACACGCACAUCACACUCGCAAAACCAAACCGCGAUUCGCUCAUCUCGGUAUCCUGCGGCAACAUUGGCUUCAGGAAGGCCGGACGAGGGUCGUACGAUGCAGGAUAUCAGUUGGCGGCCUUCGUCAUGAGCAGAAUUAAGGACAAGGGUCUGCUGCCACAGAUUCAGAAGCUGGAGCUUGUCUACCGAGGAUUCGGUGCAGGGAGAGAGGCGGUCACCAAAGCUAUUCUGGGCUCAGAAGGAAAGCAGAUCAGGCCGCUGAUUGUCAAGCUGUCCGACUCGACAAGACUGAAGUUUGGAGGUGUCAGGAGCAAGAAGCCCAGGAGACUGGGUUAGAGUGGUUCAAGAGGCGCGUUAGGAAGAUGGUGGAUGAGGUGGAAAUAUCAAAAAGGGUCACAUGUACAGUAUGGCAUCAUCAGGAGUAUGGGAAAGAUUGUACACCAGCAGUGUGCAGGCAUGUACGACUAGGACGAGUCAUAUCAAAUUCUUUGGGAGGGGCGCUCUUUCCGCUGCCGGUAUCUUAUGGCCACUGCUAUCGGUUUCUUUGAGGUUGACCAGCCGGGGGCCAUGAUCUGCGGGCGCAGGCCGAGGAUUCCCUCUUGGGCCUCCUUGCUCACCUCGACUACUACUGCCAGAACCGCGCGCUUCCUGCCGCUCUGCCUCCUCUGAAGCAUUACGAUACCGUCCU